AUUUCGAACAAUUCGUCGCGAGAUGUUAGUCGUUUAGGAGCCACGGCAAAGAUGAAGCAAAUUUUGGUGUAUUUUGCUAUCAUUGCUGCUUUUCAAAUCUUCUGCAGUACAGCAGAUUCAACUACACCACCCUACGAUAGUCAUGCUGUUCAAGAUGAAACUAUCUACAUCAGUCGUGAGCAGUUGGACUGGUUUGAUGCAAAAGACGAUUGCAAUAAGAACGGAUUGACUUUCUUAUCCAUUAAAUCGGCUGAAGAUAAUGCAGCAAUUCACGAAAUAAUUAAAGAUCAGAAAGAAGAAGUAAUGAUUGGUGGCUAUCGCUAUGGUGGAGAGCAAACAUGGCGCUGGGAUGCUGAUAAAUCCAACCUGACCUACACAAAUUGGAGCAAUGGAGAACCUAAAGAUUCAAAUGAGGAAGGAAAAGUUUAUUGUAUUUUCUUGAAGCCCACUGAUGGGCAAUGGAAGUCUAAAUGGUGUGCAGAAAUUGCUACUUUCUUGUGUCAAAAAUAGAAAUUAAAUAAUGUAAAA